CCCGCGGCGGCGGCGGCGGGGAUGAAGCGCGAUCGGCGCGGCCGGUUCCUGGCGGCCGCCGGCGGCCCCGGCGCGGAGCCCCCCGAGCCACGGCGGCGUCCGGGCACGGCGGCCCGCGGGAGCGAGGCGGCGGCGAGGCCCGAGCCCACAGCGGGGUUGGCCCCGGCGGCCGCCGCAGCCGCUUGGACACGGCCCGCAGCGCUCGGCGGGGCCCCGGAGGCAGGAAUUGGCCGAGCCCUGAGCACUGGGUAUUGUCGCCUGUGCCACGGGAAGUUCUCAUCCAGGAGCCUGCGCAAUGCCUUCGGGAAGGUGCCGGUCAUGGGGGAGAACUCGGAGAAGCAGCGCCGCGUGGACCAGGUCUUCUUCACCGACUUCCAGCGGCUGGUCGGCGUGGCGGUGCGGCAGGACCCCGCGCUGCCGCAGUUCGUCUGCAAGAAGUGCCAUGCCCAGUUCUACAAAUGCCGCAGCGUCCUCAGGACCUUCAUCCAGCGCGUGAACGCGUCCCCCACGGGCCACACGAAGUCCAAAGGAAAGAGCGGUGUGGCUCAGGCCCAGCAGGGAGCAGAAGGAGGUGCCUCCUGCCUGGUCGACCUGAUCACGUCAAGCCCACAGUGCCUGCACAGCCUGGUGUCAUGGGCGCACCGGCACGCCGGGAGCUGCACAUCGGCACCCAGCCUGCAGAGCGUGCUCUCCUCCGAGUACUGCGGCAUCAUCCGCGCCGUCUGGGGAUGUGGCAAUGGCCACGACUACGUCAUGGACACCGAUUCGGACUGUAGCACGGUGCUGGUCGACAGCGCCUUGUCUGUCAAACAGGAGUGGAACAAGAGCACAGCACAGCACUUAACUGACAAUGGGGCAGAGGCAGACAAUGCCGAGGCUGUUUCUGCUCCUGAGCCUCAGCAUGCUCCAGUAAGGACAACUCCUUGCCAGGAGCCUGCAAACAAAGGGACCACAUCGGUGCCACUGAACGUAAAGAAUGAGCCGCUGCAGAACAGGGAUUCAUCUCACUCACAACUGGACAGCACAGUGCCCUUGCAGGAGACAGCCCUGCCGCAGCCUGUGUCACCAGUGAGCAGUGCCACAGGACAGUUGAGUGGGAAGCAGGUUCUGUCUGCAACGUCGGAUGAGCGGGUAAAAGACGAGUUCAGUGACCUUUCUGAGGGGGAUUUCUUGAGUGACGAUGAAAACGAGAAGAGAAACGUGCAGUCUUCAGAUGACUCCUUUGAGCCCUACCCCGAGAAGAAGGUUUCUAGCAAGAAAAGUGACAGCAAAGAAGUAAAGAAGGCAGAAGAGCCCAAAAUAAGGAAGAAGCCAGGACCUAAGCCAGGCUGGAAAAAAAAGAUUAAGUGUGAGAGGGCUCUGUUUCACAGGGAGGAGCUGCCGACCAUCUACAAGUGUCCUUACCAGGGAUGCACGGCUGUCUACAGGGGGGCCGACGGCAUGAAGAAGCAUAUCAAAGAGCACCAUGAGGAGGUGCGGGAGAGGCCCUGUCCUCAUCCAGGCUGCAACAAGGUGUUCAUGAUCGACCGGUACCUACAGCGUCACGUGAAGCUCAUUCAUACAGAGGUACGUAAUUAUAUCUGUGAUGAAUGUGGGCAGACCUUUAAGCAACGCAAACACCUCUCAGUCCAUCAGAUGCGUCACUCGGGAGCAAAGCCCCUUCAAUGUGAGAUCUGUGGCUUCCAGUGCAGGCAGCGAGCAUCGCUCAAGUACCACAUGACCAAACACAAAGCUGAGACAGAGCUGGAGUUUGCCUGUGACCAGUGUGGGAAGCGCUUCGAGAAGGCCCAUAACCUUAAUGUCCACAUGUCCAUGGUGCACCCUCUCAUCCAGAUUCAGGACAAAGCCAAGCCACUGGAGCCAGAGCCCAUUCUCCUAAAUACUUCAGGGACUUCGGAAGGCCAAGUGGUAAAGCCAGAAGUGACUGCACAGCAGGAGCCCACCUGAGGGGUUCAGGGGAGCUUUCCCAGUCCAGUCCUGUAGAAACCAUAUGGCAGAGCAGAGAUUUUUAAUCUACAGUUUAGUCUCCCAAAGAACUCGGUGGAAUUAGCUUCAGCUUGCUCAGAAAAAGCUUGUUUUCAUGCUGUGAUCCUCCAUGCUCACGUCUGAUUCAGCAGUGUUGUACUAAGAGUCUGUCUAACCCCAGGGGAGUGGAUGUUCGGCAGCACCCCUUCGUGGUCCCCCUUUCUCCCCACGCACACAGUUGUAGAAGCAGAGUUUGCCACAACUGUUCCCUGCCUGCAGGAGCUGCUGCUGCCUGUACUGAAGUGCCCAUGUGUGGCUCUAGGGGAUUAUCUAGGACAGUGGAGCGAACUUUAAGCAGCCAUUUUUGUUCUGGAUUAAAAAAAAAAAAAAUUAUUCCCAAAGCAAGUCUAAACUGAAAUUUGCAACCUACUUUUUAUUGUAACAAGAGCUUCAUGGUUAUGCUUGUAAUAAAUUAUUUACAAAGUAA